GUUCGUACAAGACCGUUGAAUCAUUCACGACGACGAUGCGACGACUAUUUCCGGGCUCAUUGCUGAGGCAAUGUAGAGCUCCCAUUGGCAGCAGAGUCCUGCCACCACCUCCUGCUGUGUUUGUUCGAGCCGGUUCUUCAAAAUCUGUCCCACUGUCCAACGCCAAACCCAGGUACGAUGCCGAGCCAGACGUUGCUACACAACGAGUGACUCGGACCAACGAUUCGCUCAUGCGUACAACCCCGCACCGUGUCGCUCGACGUCGGAAGAUAUGGCCAGUGCAUAGAACACGGUCCGAGAGGCCCUUGACCGAUCCAGACUUUCGAACGGAGGAUAGCACCGAGAAGCGAUUGCCGUUGAGAAUGGAGACUCACUUCGACAAUAUGCGAGCGAGUGGAUUGCUGCCUGGAAAUGAUCACCAGGCCAGACGAGUGUAUUUAGAGAUCAUGGAAGACUGGAGGAAUCGAGUGAGGGGUCAUUCUUCCUACUUCUGGGACGAAACCAAGGGCAGAUGGACAGACGAGUCACAAGAGAUCUUCAUCUGGCAACGUGUCAAGCAGAGAUACCCCAACUUGGUCUACCCCAAGUACGAUACGCCGACGUCGAACAUCAAAGAGCUCUAUCUCGCUGGAAAGGCGUAUCCGACGCUCGAAGAGAUUGAUCAAACAACGUUGCUUUAUCGAUAUCCUCAUCAGGACCCUACGGACAGGUUAAGCCAAUUACACAGUGAUAUGGAUGUGGUCGACUGGGAUGCUGUUCUGAAGAGGAUCGGAACAGCACAGGAGGAUCCUCAGCUCUGGUCAAAGGUCAAGCACACCAUGACGGGGUACAGGAUAUAUCUUCCAAAUGUUCAGGUGGUUUUACGUCGUAAUGCUACACCGGAGGAUCAACCUUACGACCCGAUGAUUGCCACGUUUCGAAUACCGCUUAGCAUGACCAAGACAGAUCUUCGAUCGUACCUUUUGGCAUGCUAUGGACUCGAGAUCACAUUCAUCCGGACGGAUGUUCGACGAGGAGCACUCACCCGGUCUCGCGAUAGGCGAGUGGUGAGGCAAAGCGGUUUCCGAUACAACUACAAACGAGCAGUGGUCGGUCUCAAAGAACCGUUUCAUUACCCGGAUGAUAUUGUGGAAUUACAAUCGUGGGGCCAUCAGGUUGGCGUUGGCAAUCUAUGGAAACGGGAAGCGGAAGAGAUAUUAGAAGGGACUUACGGAGUCGAGUCAAUCAAGAGGGAACGAAAGGAAGAAGCCUUCCGAACCUUUAUCCUUCACGAAGAUUCCACCAAGUACAAGUCGACCAAGGAUGUGGUUCUUACGCCGGAGCAAAAGCUCGGUAGAAGGGUGAGUCGUGCUUCUAGAUGGAGGAGGAGGAAGAAGAAGAUGAGGACUGAAUCUCUGCUGAUAUUUCGCCUUUAACAGGUCGCCCGUAUCGUCCAAACGGACAAAGCCAAAGAACGUCGGCAGGCAAUUUAUGCCAAAGCUGUCCAACUCCGACAAGCUCAAGAGGAGAGGGAUCGCACGGCGGAAGAAUCUUCGAGUCCAUAGGCAUAGACUAUAUAAACAUGUGUGUACCAUCAUACCACGUCUCCACAACCUGCAUGGAUGAAAUUU